AUUGAGUGGGAGGGGGUUGAGUAGGCAAGCACUAGUCAAGGCGACAGCAACACUGCCUUAUCUCCAACACAGGCACCAGCACACCUCUCUCAUCUUGGUCUUCACCCCUACAUCCCUCAUAUUUGCCACCAUGUCCUACAGGCUGGUAGCCGCUGCAGGCCGUCUGGCGACCGCGUCCAAGAACAUGAUGAACUGAGGGUGCGUGCUAACACAAGGCAGGCGUCAGGGUCAAGAGCCACUGGGGGAGGGACAGAGGACUCCUCAUCACCCACCCAUCCCCACCCGCCGCCCGCCGCAGGAUGCCACGGGCCUCCUGCAGAGGUGGAGGUGCCGGGUUGGGACUGCCAUGAACACACUGGUCCUUAUCAAGGCGGUCCAGCCGUGGCCCCGACGCACUCACACCCUCACGGAUCACCAACUACAGGGCUCCGGCAGGGCGGGAUUCAGCACCAAGAAAUACGCCCCCUUAAGUAGGAGCCUGGCGGAGAAGAUGCAGCAUUUCCAGAUACCUAACGACUUGCCUGUGCACAUUAAGGGCGGCCCCGUGGACAUGAUCCUUUUGUACAUCACGGGUUUCAUCUGCACAGUGGGCGUGAUUGACUGCUUCCGCGUCUACUACCAGCUGGCAUACCCCAAGAAAUAAGGUAUCAUCCACCACCACCACCGCCUGCAGCACCAACACUACCACUGCCUGCGUACUGCGAUGCUGCUCAAGAUCAAGACUCGUGAUUAGGAAAGGUGGUAAGGAAACGUAAAGUGAAACAGAGACGUGUAUUGCUAUGGUCAUAAACUCAUGCAUGUAUAGUGAAGCAUGUGGACUAUUAUAUUUUCUUAAGUUUUAAAAGGGGACGAUGCAUUUAUUUGGUACUCCUGCUUCGGUUAGUUUCCAUACCACUUUUCCCACUGUGUGAUUGCAAACUGAAGGAAGAAGGGAUAUUUAAUGGAUACUAUCAAUUGACUUACUACUGAAAACUGAAACGUCCAUUGAUUCAUUAUGUGGGUUUACAGAGAGCCAUCCUCAUGUACGCUGUUGUUGUUUUGAUUAGUGUUUCAUAAUUUUCUUUUAUAACACCACCAUUUAUUGAAACACUCCUUAUUUAACAUCUUAUACUUAACCAAGGACCAAUACCACAUUGCAACACCUUCAUGUACUUAAACAAACACCUUAAUAGAAUCAUUUAACACCAUGCACUAAUUAAGUAAACACCAACACCAACACAAAACCACAGUCUAACACAUAAACGCACCUCAACACCACUCUAAAACCACAAACACCACCUCUACAAGACUUUUCUGCACCAUUAAGUAAAUCACACGUCCUGAACCAAUCACACACACACACACACACACACACACACACACACACACACACACAUUAGCUAUCGUCAUUACCAUCAUAGCACCUCGAAAAACGAAAACAAAAAAAAACACCCUCAGUCUUAAAAUUUUUACUUCCAUUGGGUGCUCGUCGUGUCGUGUCGUGUCGUGAGCACUAGCUAUUCUUUUCUCCCACACAGAUGAAACGUCUUUUAGUUCAAGCACUUUUGCAUGACGUGAAGGGAACAUUUGGGUAGUUUGAUUGGUUAUAUUUGUACCCAGCUCAGUCUUUUUUUUCCUUUAUCUCUUUUCCAUCCAUCUUGCCUCCUUGUAAAAGCUAAGACAGGGAUACAGAAUUUCAGUUCUUUACUUUUUUUUCUGUAAUGAGGUGUUAUGAAGUGAUCAGGGUGUGAUGUACGGACACGGUGCUCUUAAGUGAUGUAUGGAAGUGCUUUGUGUUGGAGUGGCUUUGGAGAAGGAGUAGGAAAAGGUGGAGAAAAGCAAAGGAGGAGGGAUUUGAGUAAGAGGAGGAGAAACAAAAAUACAAAACGAAGACUUGAUAACAAUAACUAGAUCACACAAACAAUCACUACUACUACUACUACUACUACUACUACUACUACUACUACUACUGCUAUUAUUACCACUACUACUAAUACUAAUACUGCUUCUACUACUACUACUACUACCACCAUCACUGCUGCUACUACUACAACUACUACUACUACUACUACUUCUACUACUACUACUUCUACUACUACUACUAUUACUUCAACAACAACACCAACUACAACACCAACUACAAAACCAAACAAAAAACAAGACACAACGAAUCAUUCACCUCCCGUUAAGCGUAGUCACCCAUAAAUACGCUAGCGUUUUCUUCUACACACCCAGAACAAAAGUACUGUAACAAUAACAUCAAAUUUACCGUCCAUAACAUAACAUAACCUACGUAUAUAGUGUUCAUAGUAAUAGAUAAAUGUGGUGAUUGCUUGUAAACACACACGUAUAUACAAAACUAGUAUGUUCUUCAUUUCUAUCUAUCUAUCUAUCAGUGUUCCAUUCUCUCAACAAAAAGGAUACAGGAAAAAGAAAAACGUAUGGGUAUUCUCUUUUCUCAAUUCAACUUACCUAUCUACUGUAUUCCAUUCCCUUUAUCUAUGCAUUUCUUCAUGUACGUACCUAUCUAUACAUAUUUACACCAUUCCACGCAGUCAAACCCUACAGUACGUACGUAAACAGUGUCUCGGUGCUAGCAGAGAUGAGUGGGUUGUAAAUACGAGUCAGAUGUAUAGAGUCCAACAUUAGCGCUGUGAUGGUGUCUGUCUGUGCUUUCAAUGUAUUGCUCCAGCUGAGAUCCCUACCGACUCCCUCUCUCUCUCUUCCUCUCUCACCUGUCUCGUCACAUUCACGCGGUACUAAUGAGUCUCGAGUGUGAGUGAGCUGGUGAAAUGGAAUGACAGGAGAGAUGGGUUCAUUCCUGCGCAAUACUAGAGGAAAAUAAAUAAUGGCAAUACGUGAA